AUGUGCAGCUCGGAACAACACCUCGGGUCCAGUUACAACUCCUUCAUUAAAACCGAACCAUCCAGCCCAUCGUCUGGCACUGAUACAAGCAACCAUCACAGCCCCAUUGCCUCAUCCGAUACCAGCCUGAGCUACAGCCACAGCCUGCACUCACCUUCCCUGUUUGUAGCCUCGGUGGGUGUGGGGCCCUGUCGCAAACAUUUGGAGCCGUGUUCUGGGCCCCUCCUGGACGACUGUCCCUCAAAGUGCGAGUAUGUGCUGAACUCUCUCCCCAAACGCCUCUGCCUGGUUUGUGGGGACGUGGCAUCUGGCUAUCACUAUGGGGUGGCCUCCUGUGAAGCUUGUAAGGCUUUCUUCAAGAGGACCAUACAAGGUAACAUCGAGUACAGCUGUCCCGCCACCAAUGAGUGUGAAAUCACAAAACGGAGGCGCAAAUCCUGCCAGGCGUGUCGUUUUAUGAAGUGUCUGAAAGUAGGAAUGCUCAAAGAAG